AUGCGCGAUCCUCUGGAAAUCCCGGUCGCCUACUAUAUUCUCAGUGCGAGGUUGCAAUCGCUUGGUUGUGUCCCAGGAGGCGCGCUGGUUUCCUUUCUGGAAAGAGAGGAAGACAGCUCGCCUGCCAAGAACGUCAGGGAUAGUGCACGGUUUGAGCCUUUCAGGAGCAUGUUGGCGUCUGCAGGCUCAUUUCUGGAUGAGGCGCAGCUUCUGUUGAGAAGCGCAAGCGAGCAGGAAGAAGAGGCCGUGGCCGACACGAUCUCGGAGUUCGCCUCGGAGCUGGAGGGCCGCGCGCGAGACAUGCUGAACCAUACCCGUGAAGCUGCAGCAUUGGUGCUGCCCUUGGUCCGGGCAUCCCAGCCUCUGCCCCUGGAGCUGCUGGAAAGGCUGAUCGCGCACAUUCACACCAUCGAGUCGCAUUACGGGCCCUGCAACAAGUCAGACGUGUUGCCUGCGCCGCUUCUGAGAGCCGAGCCCGGUUCGAAGCUUUAUCCUAGCCUUGCACGGAAGCUAGAGGCAGUCUGUGGCCGCUCCAUCGCCGAUCUGCGAGGCAGGGAGAUCGAAAGGUUCAGGGCACGUUUGCUGAAGGGCAGUUUUCACAGAGCUUUUGACGAACGACGUUCCGCGCUCGCAAAUGAGACGGCCGCCAGCAAGGACCUAUUGUUUGCAGCUUAUGCUGAGUACCUGUCCCAUUCGGAUCAUACCCCUGUUGGCGAGAUUGUGCACCUGGAGACGCUUGGUCCCAUGAAGGUGACAACUUGGAACGUGCUCGAAUUUCCGUGCCUUGGCUCCCUUGAGCCUGUUUUUGAUGGCGUGCGCCCAGUGUGUGAUGCGAUACUGAAGGGUCUCGGGCGAAAGGAUGCCGAAUGCAUGAACAUUCUGCUUGACGCGGUGCGUUCAGACGUAGUCAUCAACCGCCACACCGAGCGAGUUCUGUCUUUCGCGCAAUACGAGUUGAUGCACUGUGGUACAGACGUUCUGCUGCUGCAGGAGGUGAACGAGCGUGUGCGCGAGUCCAUUUAG